CACAAAAAUACAGACAGCAAACACUUGCCUAAGAAAGUUAUCUGGCUGUGCUGUGUUGACAUUUAUUUUCUUUAAACACUCCUCCAGCACGCUCCUCACAGCUCCACUAGCCAUCUUUUUCCUCACAUGUGUAACCGUCUGUGUCGCAGAUAAAUACGCUCGCUGAAAAACUCUUCCACUGCUUUUUGGUUCCGAGAUACAAACAUGGCGUCCGCCGCGCUGAAGGUUGCAGUGGCAGGUCUUUCCAGAUGUUCUCAUCUCACAAUCAUGAGGGCACAUUCAACGACAUCACCCCUCCAUCAGGGCAUUCCUGGAUCACUGUGGAAGCUGGGAAGGCUAAACCACAUUGCCAUCGCUGUCCCCGACAUGGAGAAGGCCACAGCUCUAUAUCGGGAUGUGCUGGGGGCCACAGUGAGCGACAAGGUGCCCCUGCCCGAGCACGGCGUCUACACGGUGUUUGUUGAGCUCGGCAACACCAAGCUGGAGCUGCUCCAUCCUCUGGGGGAGAAGAGCCCGAUCGCUGGCUUCUUACAGAAGAACAAGUCUGGAGGAAUGCACCACAUUUGUAUUGAGGUAGACAACAUUAACUCUGCGAUAGCAGACCUGAAAGCAAAGAACAUCAGAACUCUGUCAGCAGAGCCCCGGAUAGGUGCUCAUGGGAAACCAGUGAUGUUUCUCCAUCCCAAAGACUGUGACGGUGUGCUGGUGGAGCUUGAAGAAGCAUGAACAUGUCAGUCUGACAAGGAUUGUUCUUAAUUGUUAAUUCACAUUUGUAUAUUCCACAGUCAGUUUGACAACAAAUGUUGAUUUUGUAAUAUCGAUCUAUAGCACUUAGAUUGUGAUCUUCUCAUGCGUGCCUCAAAGUUGUUCUUCCAGGUCUCUUCUUGAUUUCCCUGUUGAUUUGGGAAUAAAUUGUGUGGUGUUUAAGGCAUGUC